UGUUUACAGUUUUUGGGCAAAGCGCAGUUGGGACGACAGACGCUGCGUGAGAUUAAAAAAAAAAAAAAAAAAACAGCUCGCGGAUCUUCCUCGUAUAUCAGCCACAGCCAUUUCUACAUUGCCGCCACGCGUGUGGACGACGAGCGGACGUAGCUGUGAAUUCGCCCACGGCUGCAUCGUCUUCGGACUGUUUCGGACGUCGCCACUCGCUCGCUUCUGACGGUGGGAACACGAUGACAACACAGUGACAAAAGACCGACAUUCUUGCCAAGUUUCACCAGAGCCUCCUACGUCAGGAUGAAGGGACAAACAGACGCUCCUCAGGACCGAGGUUGCUUGGUGGGAAUCAGCUUCUUCAUUUUGGGCCUGGGAACGCUGUUACCAUGGAACUUCUUCAUGACAGCUUCAUUGUAUUUCCAAGGUCGCCUGAAUACAACAGAAUGGAGCAACGGCACAGCGGUGGAGCGCAAAGAGUACCACUUCAACAACUGGAUGACGCUGCUUUCCCAGCUCCCACUGCUGCUGUUCACCCUGCUCAACUCCAUCCUCUACCAGAGGAUAUCGGAGGCGAUGCGUAUCGCAGGUAGCCUCGUUUUCAUCCUGCUGCUCUUCAUCCUUACAGCAGUGCUGGUCAAAGUGCCCAUGGAGGAAGAUCGCUUCUUCUCGGUUACAAUGGCUACGAUAUGGUUCAUCAACUCGUUCGGCGCCGUGCUGCAGGGCAGCCUGUUCGGCCUGGUGGGUCUGUUGCCUCAGAAGUACAGCACCGUCUUUAUGAGCGGCCAGGGCCUCGCAGGGACCUUUGCCGCCAUAGCCAUGCUGCUUGCCAUUGCCAGUGAUGCAGACUCUGAGUCGGCUGCGCUGGGUUACUUCAUCACACCGUGUGUGGGGACGGUGAUCACACUCUUCAGCUACCUGCUGCUACCUCGCCUGGAGUUUGCCCAGUAUCAUCUAAACAAAAGCAGCAAGUAUGAGGCAGACACCACAGACGAGCUGCUGAAAGAGAGCAGCACAGUGGAGAACGGGAAGCUGAAAGGCCAUGCUAAUGGCUCGGUGAGCAGCAGUCUGGCCGAGGCCAAGCCGGGUCCAGACGGGAACAAGCAGGCCUUCCUGUCACUGGAGCAGGUGGAGAAGACACAGGCCAAAGCCUCAGUCAUAGAGGUGUUCAGAAAGAUCUGGGUGAUGGCGUUCUGCGUGACGUUUGUGUUCACAGUCACUCUGUCCGUCUUCCCUGCUGUCACCGCAGAUGUCAAAACAAUAUUCCCAGGAAAAUGGGAGCGCUUCUUUCUGUCGGUGUGCUGCUUCUUAAUUUUCAACAUCAACGACUGGCUCGGCCGCACCAUCACCACCUUCAUACGCUGGCCUCGUAAAGAGUCCCCUCUGUUCCCGGUGCUGGUCAUCUCCAGGGUUGUGUUCGUCCCUCUGCUGAUGCUCUGCAAUGUCCAGGAGCGCUCCUUCCUUCCCGUCUACUUCCCCCACGAUGCUGCCUUCACUGUCAUUAUGGCUCUCUUCUCUGUGUCCAGUGGCUACUUUGUCUGCCUGUCCAUGUCUUACGCACCACAGUUAGUGGAGCCUAAGGAUGCAGAGACUGCCGGAGCACUGAUGACCUUCUUUCUGGCCCUGGGUCUGUCGUUAGGAGCAGCCCUCUCCUUCCUCCUGAGGGCUCUUGUCUAGACAUGCACGCGCACGAGUACACGCACAUGCACACGCACACAGACCUGGAGGUGAAAAGAUGAUAAGUGAUUCUUGAUCAGCCAUUGUUUUUUUUCCCCAUCUGUCAGGUGCUGCAUGUGUUGCAGUCUGAUGUAAAAAUAAAAAACACACUGUUCAUGAAGUGGUUUUGGUCAUAGAUGACAACAUUUCCCUCAGAAGUAGGAAUAAGAAAAAUGUUGUAUUACUCCCGAUAACUGCAGGUUAUGUAACCUAGGUUAGAAAAGGUUUCCUCUCUGUUCACUUCUCAUAGGAUUGAUUUUGUUGUUGAUUUGUGCAUCAUCCUACUACUUGUUGCCACAGUUGUUUACACGCCAUUUGCUUGGCUUUCGAUAUGACAAAAGGUUUUUGUUGUUUGACUAAUGGCUUGAAUGAUUAUAUUAAAUCAUUUAUUUAUUUUUUGGAAUCAUUACCUUAGGAAUUUUGGAUGUUAUUCCUUUGUUGUUGGUUGUUUGUUUUCGAAUUAAAUGGCUCUACGCUACCGAUGUAAAACAAACAAUUAGUUUUUAAUGUAAUGUAAAUUACCAAAGGUUAAGGACCUGCCUCAAGGGGCCAUGGAUGGAUAACUGAUAACUCUAGCGUUUACUGCUGCCACCUACUGGUCAGAAGACUUCAGAGGUCCAGGUUUUUUUUUUCCUUUAAACCUCUAAAUGAAACAUGAAAAACUAGUUGUGCUGUGACACAACACAGGCUUCUGGCUAACAAGAAAAAAGGAGCAGAGUUUAUAGCAGUAACUCUUGGCUUAAUACUAGUAGUAGUUUUACUUAAAAGUAGUUUUUAGGCUUCUCCUGAGAACACGUGGGCAGCUGCACAUUUCUUGUUAAAUGUACCGGUGUGGUUAUGCUGUUGUUACUUGUAAGCCAUUAGACACAAUUUAAUCAGAUGUGAAUAUUAAUUGUGGAAGGGGGGAGGGGGACAAAUUGCACUGCAAAUGCUGACUCUUUCUGUUGAAUAUUUGUAUAGAUAAUAUUGGAAUGUUUUUUUGACAUUAUUACUAAUGUGCUUUGCUCCUGUAUCAAAUUUCAGUUUUGUUAGUUCUAUUUUCUAAUCGUAGCGCGCAGGCAUUUUGAUGUAUAGAAAUGAACUUGUGUUUUGCAUUGGUUUUGUUUUGCAUUCUAUGUAGAUUUUUUUUUUUGAAUAAACAAGCCUUAGUUUU